AUGGGAUUCUUACGCUCAGCAGUACUUGUACGAUGUCCGUCGGCCUCCGCGAAGAUGUUGUUCAUCUUCAUGUUCGUCCGCGUGAUAAGUGUUGCCACUGGCGUCAGGGCCGCAUUGUUCGGGCAGCAUCCCUCGCACUCUCACCUGAAUAUAUCCCCCGCCACGGAAACCUCGUCGCCAGACACAGACUGCACAUGGGAUGUGGAUCAAUAUUUUGCUGCAGAGAAAAAGAUAGCAAAGCUUCUCCGUCAGCGAGAAAUAGAAGAAGAUGGCCAUGAUGAUCUUGGGAAGUCUCCUUACAGCUCUAAGCCCGAGAAGAUAGAGGCGGAACUCGACCUCCCAGGCUCACGCCCCAAGAGUGAUUGGGAACAAUACGCAAAAGAAAGCAUUGAUCGCCAGCUAAAGGGAAAGAAAGUUGUAACACCCAAUCAACGGAUACUACAGCGGCAAAAACGAGGAUCUAACACUUACGUCGGCAGCAGUAUAUCUUGGACUUUCCUAGUAAAACAAGAAGCCUCGUACUCGUCGAACAUCCUGGCAACACGUUCCUCAUGCUCUAACGGUGUUAUUUGUGCCACCUCCUUGAGUAAGCUUAUAUAUGUGAAGUGAGAGGGGUGGAGGUUCCCCCCCUGUGGAUGGGGCGGUGGUGGCGUCCGCGCGCUCAUUUUUCCGCGGUGGUGAAGUGUAAGGACCUCUGGAGGCGAAGGCGUCAAAAGGCGGAGCCGGAGGCUCCUGGCGGCUCUCCGCGGGUACCUCACAGGCAUCCUGACUCUUGGACCCUAUCAGGGGGACGGCCUCCGGGGGAAGAAGGCCGCCGAAGGCGGCGGCGGUUGCGAGGCCUGGCCCCUUUGGCCCUCAUCCAGGGCCAAAGGCGAGGAGGAGUGGGGGCUAGGCGUGCCCGCCUGGGUUCUGUCGGAUACACGCAGCACGGCGAAAGGGGGCAAGCCUUGCCAACUGCUGCCUUCGGAGGCCUUCCACCUCCCAAGAAACUCCCCCAGUGAGGAACCCGCACGCUGGAGGCUUGUAGGGUACACGCAACUACAAGCCGCAACAAGCCAAAGGGGGCCCAGCCUUGCCACCUUUGCGACCUUCGGAAGCCUUGCACCCCCGGCCUUCGGUGCUUCAGCGGCCUCUGGGAUGGGGGGUCUGUAAGGCCCAGGCAAGAAGCGGGAAGGGGUCGAAGGUGGGCGCUUGGAGGCUUUUCCGCCCGGCAGUCCCUCCCCCCUAUUUAUGCCAUGUUUAUGCCAUCAUUGUUUGGAAGGACGAAGACGAAGAGUGCACUCAUAUCUCUGUUGAGUGCACUUUUCAUUCCGCCGUUCUUUCUGCCCUAUAGUGAUUAAUGAGGAAUGUCUAGUACACCAAAGAAAUAUCACAACAAACUUCUCUUUUUCUCUGUGAAAGGGGAACUAAGUAGUUGCAUCUCAACAUCUAAGAACCACGGGAGGAGUCGCGUUCAGAACGGGAGAUGGCCUUAGAAGAAACAGCAGAAGCAGCAGCAGCAGCAUGGCAUCGCUAUACCAGGUGUUUGCGCGCAAUGAGUCCAAGGGUGGCGAUGUUCUCUACAUUGGAGAUGUUCCAUGAAUUUGAUUUCUCAAGGCACUUGCGGUGGGGCAACGGAGCGUCAUUAGGAAAAGCGAAACGAAGUGUCAAAGAACUGGUCGACUCGCUUCGUUCUGCGAGACCUCUGUUUUCAGUAGCAAUAUGCAUGCGUUCUGAUGAAACGGUAAAAGCAUGGGAGAGCUUUCUGCUUUUAAGACUUGUAGUUUGAAUUUUCCAUCCAAUCAGAAUGAUGAUCCCAUCACGAAAAGUUUUAUUAAUUGGUAAAUCAUGUGGCUUAAAUAAGUGGAUACUUAUGUAGUAGACACUUACAAACUUCCAACAUCUGAACAUAUGAAUAAGUAACCUCCUCCCAUAGCAGGACUUCGCGCGUUUUUUCCCUUGGUAUAAGUACGAGGCUGUGCUGCAAAUCUUGCUUGGCUUUUGCCCGUAAAACGGCGAAGGUUUAGGUCCAGCGACGCUCAAAGCACUAAAUAAAACAGCCGGUUUGUUUUUACCUCUAACUUUUGGCUUAUCCCAUGCAGCAAUUAAUUGGUAAAUCUAUAUCUAUGUUUAUGUUGAUGUAAUAAAUUAAGUAAUCGAGCUUUAUUGAAAGGCACAAGCACUCCCGAGGUGGAUCGUGAGGAGCCUUCCUGGCUUCGUUUGUUUUAAGAGACUAGUUAAACAGGCUAGUAGGGCCCACACGAAUUAGGAUCCAGUCACCGUCACACGAAUCGAGAUCUGGAGUGUUUAUAGAAUUACUUAUAUAUAAAUAUAUGUGGGAUUUUCUAAUGAUAUGGGACAUCGAACUAAAUUCGGAGGUGAGCCCAGCUGAGCACUGGUAUCGUCUGCACGCCGUGAGCAAGCACAUUCAAGAAGGGUCCGAUUCUCUAUUUCCUGACAUGGUAGAGCAAGAAGACAUUGCAUGCUACAUGCAAGGGAUUCUCGGGUCUCAAAGGGAGAAACUCAUUGCCGCUGAAGUCGCUUUUUACGACACGACUGGAGGUGAAACUAGUGGUAUAAUUUUUGGAACACCUGCAGCAACAAGAAGAGCUGACGAGGGCAGACAAAUUAUUAUAAAUCAAGAACAUGCAACCGGAAGAGAAGUUUCCCAGGUGCCAACGGGUAACCUUCUCAACAGUAGCUUGUUCGAGGGGAGAACAAUAGACGCUGACGACCUGGUCACUGGGGGAGGCGGGAAAGGUGGACGUUCGACGUCCAUCGCAAAGACAAAGCAACGGCUUGCCGGUUUUCUAGCACGACCGCAGGCAAGAGAUCAGCACGACUCUACCAGAGAGGAUCAAAAUAUAAAAAGCAGGCGCGAGGACGCCACUGGAGGUGCAGUGGACGCACUAAGCACAGGUGUCCGGAAGUUGAAGAUCGGUGGUGCCGCUGAUUCACUACACUCUUCCGCCUCGGGCGCGGCAUCGUCCUCCUCGCACGUAAGAAGCGAGGAGCAGAGCAAGGCCACUAGUAUUGAGCAGAAGACUGGAGGUAAAGCAGGAAAAACUAAGGAAAAGGAGAUGAAGAUGUUUAUAACAGACAGGUUUCCCUUUGAUCUUGAGGAGGUCUUUGGUGAGUUGGCCAUGGCCUUAAACGAUGCCGUGCUUGAAGGGCGGAGAUUGCGUCGCCAGUCUGGUGAAGAAAAGCAGAGUGCUAACGAAGUCCGAUUUGGUCUCAGAAACCUAAAGCAGCUGCACGAAGACAGUAAAAGCAAUCGGAGGACCUGCUCCACGAAAGGACUACUAGGGUGCGAAAAAUGGUAUACCUUCAAGGAUAUACGAAACACCAUACCAAUUGACAUACUUGCGGAGGAGCUUGCCCAGAAGGUCGACUACAUUUUUUCGGGGCGCUGCAGUGACAGCUUUGACGACCUCGUGGAUCAAAUACGGAUGGUCUCUUCAUCAUUGGGAGAUGAUGGACGUCAAGAAGCCGAGCUUGAGCUACUUCUUGAUCUCCUGGCAGAUGACCUCCGUCACUUUUAUUACGAGUUUAGUUUGCCCUUCAAUCUUCAUGGACGUGAUCAAGAACAAACACGAGGGAUUAUACAGGCCGUGGCGAAAAGAUUAAAGAGGACAUUGGCAGCCGAAAAAUUUUCUUUUUCACUGGUGGUAGAAUUGCGCUGUAACAAAAACCCUGCGAAGGCAGAGAAGUCGGCUUCUACAAAUAGAGGUCGUAGUCCCUCUGGUCCACGCCCAUCAGGCGGCAACGGCGGGAGAGGAGGUACAAAUCAAACUCAGCCUCGGUUUCUUUGGUUUCUUUGGGUCGGGUUAGUUAGGUGCGGCUAGUCCUGUUUGGGUGGAUCAUAAUGUACAAAUGAAAAUGAUGAUAAAGAUAGGAUAAAAAUUCCUUGGCCAUGAACUACCAGACCUUUGUCGUGUUCGUUAGUGGUUCUCGUCUUCCAUUAUAGCGCUAGUAUUAGGUCAAGGCUUUGCUUCAUUAUUUAGAGGCUCUACCUCUAGUUAAGUGCUGAAGCUCCACCGUCGCGACCGCUACUUAAUCCGACUUUUUUACUUAAACAGAUGGCCCCAGGGAUGGUGAUGAAGAUGAUGCAGGCAUGGAGGAAGACGGCUCAAGUGGCGCGCGACGAGGUUCCAUGGCUAGCGGAAGCGGCUCCCGCUCAAGUGGCAUAGGAGGCUCGCCUUCCUCUGCAAAAAAAAGGACGAGCGAAGGAGGACCGACUCAAGGUAAGAGGACUACCGAUUGUUAUUGGUCAUUUUCAAUGAAUUUCACACGCGGCACACUGAGAACUAUAGGCAACAUGCCCAGAAAGCGGGCCCAUCAAGGGCCCGCUGCGCUGGGCAUAGGUUAGCAACUACCUAGACAGAUUGAGGACUAAGAGACAGAAAGACAGACGAAAAUAGUCGCCAAGUCUGCUCGCCAAGGCUGGGAAGCUGGCUCCCACUGUGGCGAGGCUAGUAAGGAGCGAGGCUACUGCUAGGGCUACUGCCUUGGCCAGCUUGCUUACUAGGGGCAAGCCAAUUGGCGCCAAGGCUGGCCCGCUGAGCGUCAUGGAGUCCACGAGAAGGCCACGCCUGGACAUAUGUAGGAACAGAAGUUGGGCCCUUCUGAGUGUGAUCAUGUCCAGGAGAGUCCUGAGGCGGAGCAUACCCAUGGCAAAAGGCUGACACUGGCGAGCGUCAUGGAUGAGGCUCAUGAGAAGGCCACGCUUGGACAUAUCUACGCGCAGGGCCAGAAGCUGGGCCCCAACCUUCAAGCGCGGAGGUGUAUAAGCUUGGCCGCCUCAUGGACAUGACGCAUGCAUGACGCUCACCAGGGUCCGGCUUGUCUUUCAGAUAUGCAAGUGCUCACAACUAUCAGCCCCACAGUCAUCGACAUCCUUCCUCAGCGCCUUCAGCUUUCACCAGCGGAGGCGCAUAGGCUUGGCUUUCUCAUGGACAUGAUGGCGCUCCGCAGGGUCCACCCUGCAGACAUGCAAGUGCUCGCGGUUAUCUUUCUCACAAGCAUCGACAUCCCCAACGCCUUCGGCCUUCACUUACGGAGGUUCACAGGCUUGGCUUUCUCAUGGGCAUGGUGGUGCUCUCCUCCAGGGUCCACCUUUGAGAUUUGCAAGGGCUUACCGCUAUCAUUCUCACAGACAUCGACAUCCUCAGCCUCAAUGCCUUAAACUUUUAACGUCACAGCUCAGAGAUGUAUAAGCUUGGCUUUCUCAUGGAGCUGAUGGCGCUCACCAGUGUCCACCCUUCAGACAUGCAAGGGCUCAGGCCAAUCACUCCCCCAGACAUCGACACCCGCAGCGCCUUCAACUUUCAAGCGUGGGGAUGUAUAAGCUUGGCCCCCUCAUGGGCCUGAUGAUGCCUGCCAGGGUUCACCCUUCAAGCGUGAGCCUUGUUUUGAGUGUGGCGGGCCAUGCGUGUCCUCCUAUGAGAAUUCUAAGGGAGAGCGUAUUCACGUCAAAGGGCCGAACCUGUUGAGCGUCAGGAAGCAAGUCCAGGAGAAAGCCACGCUUGGGCAUAUCUAUGCGCAGAAGUUGGGCGCCUGUGUCGUGCCCUUUGUUUUGGGUAUGGCCAUGCCCAUGAAAAUCCUAAGGCAGAGCGCACCCAUGUCAAGGGGUAGACGUAAGGCUGGGCCUGCUGAGCGCCAUGAAGUCCAUGAGAACGAAGGCCACGCUUGGGCAUAUCUAUCCAUGUGCAGAAGUUGGAUCCUUUUGAGUGUGAUCAUGUCCAUGAGAAUGCUAAGGCAGAGCAUACCCAUGCCAAAAGGUCGAACUUGUUGAGCAUCGUUCGCGAGGCCCAUGAGGAGGCCACAUCUACGCACAGAAGUUGGGCCCCAGCUUUCAAACGCGGCGAGUAGAUGGAUAGAGCCGGGCACAUUCAUGCUUGAAGGGUGGGCGUGGAGCCUCUUGGGCGUCAUCAUGUCCAUGAGGAGGCCAAACCUGUGCGGAUACGUGUACACAAAUAGAGGACCCGGAGGGCGUCGAUGCUUGUGAGGGGAGUAGGCCUGGGCCCCUCCAUAUCUGAAGGGUGGGGCCUCUGCCUUGGGCGUCGUCGUGUCCAUGAGAAGGCCAAACCUGGACACGGCCGCGCGCUCCUGUGGUCGAUUGCUGUGCGCGGAAGGUAGUCGCGGAAGGGACAUAAGCUGACUUUUUUUCAAAAUCUUCAGGGAGGUCGCUCGGCUUUCUCUGUAUUUGAAUGACCUCCCUGAAGUUUUUGGAAAAAAAACAGGCGCUGGGUAGCGGUUCGCUGGAAGUUCGUUGAGGCGAUUCGCUAGGGGUGGGCGCGUGUUGUCCUGCUGCAGGUGCGGCUGGUGUACUUGAGUAGCCUACAAACUAACAGCCGCGCGAGCCUUCUGCUGAUAGAUUUCGUCGGCAGAUCAGUGAAAGAGGCGGCAGCGCUGAUGGUGUUGCGAUUACUGUGCACCCCCAUGCCUCGGAAAAAGCAGCCGCACUUACGGAGAAGGCCGCGCUUCAAGGUGGUGGGUGAUUUCUUGUUGUAUGAUCUUAUAGAAGGAGAGAUACCGACACCACUAAAAAAAUAGCCGCAAUUCUUCUAGUUGGUGAGGAAUCUCCCCUGCUGUCAAUUCACUGGCUCGAUUUCAUAGAAAGAGUGGCGAAUCUGAUAAGCGAAAAAUGGCCAGGGUGCAUUAUCUGGCUGGGCCAACUCGUAAACACGUUCUCGGGGGUAGCGUUGAACUCGUAGCACUAGCAAGCGCUUUAGGGAGGCUUUGCUAUUAGCCUAGGUUUAUAUCAGAUUGCCCUUAACGGAGCUCCUUAGGGAAUUUUUUGCUUCUUCGGGGAAGUGAUAGCAACUUUUUAAAAUAGAAAAUCUUUAAGGAAAUCAAUUUCCUUAAAGGAGCUUCUUAAGGAAGCUCCUAAAGGGAGGCCCUUAAGAGAUUCCCGCCAGUAGCUAAUACUAUAAAUAAAUACCAAUGCGCAUAUAUAUUUACAUGCGGAUAGUCGAACUCUUGCUCCGCCCGGUGUUUCCGAGGCCUCUUGAAUUGUGAGAUUGUCAAUCAUGGGGGACCUUCUGAGUGAGGUGAACACUGUUCCUCCUAUUCGUGCGGAAGUGAUUUUUUUUUUCAAAAGCUCCCGUCGUCGCUCUAAUACGGAAGUCGAUGCACAUGCAUUCUUGUGGAGGCGCAUCCUCGAGGGUGCUUCUAUGAAUGCGGGCGAAGAUUUGUCAGCCAAGAGCAACAUAAAAAUCGAAGACCUAGACGAGGAGACGGUGAGAGCCUUAAAGAUUUGUUUUCCGAAUGGACGUGAAUUCUUGCGCAGCGCUCAGCCAGCUUGCGCAGGUGGCACUCUGCUGCGAAUUGUCGACGGAUGUGUAAUGAAUCCGGAGGGUGAAAAGCGCCAGCAAACCGACAGAGUUUGUGGUCGAGCGAUCGGUCGAAGGCAGUCGGGAACUCGGGAAGCUCUCCAGGAUACUGGUGUACUACAAAAGGACGCGGACCAGGUCCAGCGCGAAGAGUUCUCUGUUAUCGAUGCUGCUAGUGCUACUGAUGAUGGCUCUGGUAGUGAUAAUGAUGACGCCCCUGACGAUGUUGGUUUCUAUUAUCGUGAUAACCAUAAUGAUGACGAUCACGGUGAUGAAGAUCAUGGCGAUGACGAUGAUGACGCGAAUAAUGCACAGGGAGGCGCAAGGAUUCGUGGCGCCAUCCCUGCUGAACAGCCUGUGAAGCCCCGCCGGCACUCAGAUGAACUCGCAGUGCACUUCUUCGUCUGCAUAAUUAUCAGAAUGCUGCAGGCUCUCUGGCGUAUUGUCUGUAAGAUGAUCUCGGAGGCAGCUGUGCCGCUGCGUUUAGGGUAUAGAAUCUACGUAGAUGUGCUGUAUGGUCCGCCGGAUUGGCGAGAUGUUAUACCAGAGGAGGCGGGCGCCAGACCAGUAUAUGGAACUGGUUUGCUCGACCCUAACGAAAAUCUCGACGAAGUAGAGAAAGAGCAGGAGGGGUCUGCUUCGUUGCCUCCAAACUACGUGCAGCGAGCAUUUCGCGACUACCUCGAGAAGCUAAAAAUGAGGGAGAAAUACAUGCGGAACAGGAACUAUCCGGAUGCUUAUGAAGAAGAAAAAACUAUUAGUAUCUACUUUUUGCUCGAUAUUUAUAAAAAAAAUUAAUCCUUGGAGCUAUCUAUUGCACAGUAAUGAAAUUAUGGAAUUCGCGAGCAUUGCAUCGCUCUCCGCGCUCCUUAGUAUAUCCAUAAAUAUCUAUACAAAGCAUCGUCUGCAGUGCUGCCCCAGGGACGGCCUAAGGUCAAUAUACAAUGAUAGAUUUUAAUGAUUUUGAUUAUUGAGAGGCGCACUGCGGCAUGGUUAUAUUAGAGUCGUGGAUGUGUGAGUCUGAGUGAGUGACGAAAUGGAGGAUGGAUUACGAGGGGUAAAUCUUCUAAAGCAGCGUGUUGUUGCGACUAUGGCUGGAACGUGCCGCGAUCAUUUUUCAGAGCACCCCCGAUAAAGCGUGGAAGCAUUACACGGAGCGUGAUCGGGCGAAGAGGAGGGGAAUGCGGAUACGCCCUGUCCAAGAGGAGAUCCAACGGCUCGAAGCGCUCGUGCAGCAUUAUGAAGAUGACCAAGCAGCUGAAAGACUACCAGGACUCGCGCAGCAAUACGAAGAUGAUCCACCUAGAGAUGCUCCACCAGCCAUACUAUCAAUCCGGGAGGAAGAAGGACGGGGCAAAGGACUAACUGACGUAUCACCUCACAUGCGGAACGAAAGACAAAAGCUACUGCUUUCUUCCAUGGACGACGAGGAAAUAGCAAGGAAUAGGGCGAUGAGAAAGAAAAUCACGCUUGUGCUAAAGAGAUGCAUGGAGGGAUUGAAAACGCAGGAGAGGCUCAGCAACAUAAGAGAAGGCACAAGCUUCUUUGAGAUUGAGGAGGCGGCAAGGAUGGCGUACCUUUUGGGUGAGGAAUUAGACGAGACACUAGGAAGGACAACAGCUGACACCGACAGACAGGCGCACCAAUAUAUUUUCGGCGGCGGCGCAGCGGAGGCGGAGCAUCGACCAGGCGAAGUGCACCCGGGGAUGCGACGGUUGAUCGAGGACCAUCUAAGAGCCGCUUUCGAGGCCAGGAAAAUAGUGUAUGAUUCGGAUUUGUCGCUACGAAUUUCAGCACGGAUUUACGCCACCGCUUUGCUGAGGGUGUUCGCUGACUUUCAGUUAAGGCAUCAACAGAAAAGAUGACAACUAAGUAAUUAAUAUGGCAUUUCCUAACUCUGUACCCUGCGAAAAAUGGGCACGCUACUUCUACUACACUACUACUCCUACUGCUACUACUACCACUACUACGACCACUAGGCACCCACAAGAAUAAGAAAAUCCUAGAGGUGUUUAGCAGUUUAAAAGCACUAGGCCCCAGCUCUUACAUCAGCGGCCCCCAUUGGGGUCGGCUGGUUUGUCAUCUGGGUCCCGAACCUUGAACCGCGAACCGGCUUCCCCUCUAAGUGGCAGCUGAUUGAUUUACCAUCUGAAUCCUGAACCCUGAACCGAGAACCGGCCUCCCCUCUAAAUGGCAGCGGAUUGGUUUGCCAUCUGAAUCCUGAACCCUGAACCGAGAGCCGGCCUCCCCUCUAGAUGGCAGCUGACUGAUUGCACUUCGCGCCAGAGGGUCUCUGUUUCGAAUCUUGGAGAAGCCAGGACUCGACUGGCAGGGGAGGUGGCCUGCAAGUCGUUUGCCUGCGCCGGCUUGUAUUCACCUGCCGCCUUGGCCUAGUGGGUAAGUGCUCGCACGUCACCCCAGGGGGUUCUUUGUUCGAAUCUUGGAGGGGCCAGGAUUCGACUGGCAGGAGACGUGGCCCUCAAGUCGUUCGCCGCCCCCUACGCCGGCUUGUCAUCACCUGCCACCGUGGCGGAGUGGGUAAGUGCUCGCACUUCGUCCCUGGAGGUCUUUGGUUCGAAUCUUGGAGGGGCCAGGAUUUGACUGGCAGGAGAGGCGGCCUUCAAGUCGUUUACCGCCCCCUACGCCAGCCUGCAAUCACCUGCCACCUUGGCCUAGUGGGUAAGUGCUCGCACUUCGCCCCUGUAGGUCUUUGGUUCGAAUCUUGGAGGGGCCAGGAUUCGACUGGUAGGGGGGGCGGCCUUCCAGUCGCUCGCCGCCCCCUACGCCGGCUUCUUAUCACCUGCCACCUUGACCUUGGCCCAGUGGGUAAGUGCUCGCACUUUGUCCCUGAAGGUCUUUGGGUCGAAUUGUUGAUAUGGUAGAACAGCGAAGGUGUUCGUCAUAGCCAAUUUAGGAGCGUUCCGCGUGCUGUCAUCUCCAUUCAUUCCUUCUCUCUGGGGGCCGCGCAUCCUACACGCGGUGCACUUGGGACGCCAAGUGUAUAAAUCCAUAUUCCACCAAUCCACCAAACUAAUAAUCCGAAUAUUCAAACAUUCCCUCCCUCCUCUUCCCCUUUCACACAUUCACCCUAGCUCACCGUUGUUGUGCUCAUCUGGCUACAUCUCACUCACAUUAUUCCCCUCCACAUGUUCGCACGAUGACACAACUUUGUGUGGGCUAGACUGAGUGUCUGACUGCACUAGCAAAAUAACACUCCUAAAUCUCAAUGUCAGCACCUUCAUAAUGCUCACCAAUCUAGGGAGGGCCGGGAUUCGAGUGGCAGGAGAGUUGGCCUGUAGGUGGCAACACAUUUGCCCUCUUGAAAGUGCAACGCGUUUCGUUGAAAGUUCAGUGGGUUUUUGUUGAAAGUGCAAAGUGUACUGUUGAAAGUGCGGCAGGUUUUGUUGAAAGUGCGGCAGGCUUUGCUGAAAGUGCGGCGAGUUUUGUUGAAAGUGCGGCAGGUUUUGCCGAAAGUGCAACAAGUUUCGUCGAAAGUGCAGGAGGCUUUGUUGAAAGUGCGGCGAGUUCUGCUGAAAGUGCCGAGGGUUUUCUUGAAGGUGCGGCGAGUUUCCUCGAAAGUGCAGCCAGUUCGGCUAAAAGUGUGAAGGGGUUGGCUGGUCGUGAGGCUGCGGCAGUGUUCUGGGCUCAGGCCUUUCCCUACAGUUCUGCGUGACGCAAGCCAGAUCCAUAAGACGAAGAACAGAAGUGCACGGGCGUGGCCCGCUGUAAUCAGAAAGACCAGGCAAGAGCAAGCAUGGGCGCGGCUGCUCGUUUCUAGGCCUUCUAGCUAUCUGCUUACCCCAGUGCGUGAAUGUUGAGGGAGGCCAGGCUGUGUCCUUGGGUCGUACCUCUCUCGUGGAUUCGGUAGGCUCAGUGAGACGUGUGCAGAAGUGGAGGCAAAGUAUGCAAGUAGCUCACUUAGCUCACAAGCUGCGCAAUUCCAAAAGCAAAAAAGACGGACGGGGGGGCCAGGCUUGGCUGGGUCGGUGAAGAGGGCGGAGCCCGCUACUUGGAGGGGAAACACGUACAGCCAUCCACUUUCUUAGAGCAAUACCGCCUCGGAGGGUUAGCCACUGCGCUAUGUCCAUUUGGUUCGCGGUUUCUUGUCUCGUCUUCUCACUUUCUCUCGCAUAGCUUACAGGCGUGCCUAAAGUUCUACGCCAGGCUCGAGGCGGGUCGGAAGACUGAAGAAGCGCGUGAAGCUGACGGCCCCGCGCCGGCGUAUAAAGUAGCCGACGCCAUGCGUGACAGACGUUGGCAAGGGUUUGGAUGAAGAUGAGCCAUGGCCGCAUUGGUUGAGCUUGUUCCAUUGCUUUACUGUGCACUAGUCUGAGAAAGUAAAAAGAUUCUGGCUGUCUUCGGUUGGAGUAGUCGCUUUCUGUGUCGGAUUUCUUAGAGAUUAGAACGCCGCCCGCUGGCCAGCCGGCGGCUUCUCUUUCUCUUUCUUUCUAACAAAUAUAUCGCCGGCGAUCCUGGUCAGCGCGCUGCCUGCGAACCUUGACGAGGCAAGAGAGGCGACUGGCGUGACCUGGGGCGAGCGCGAUUCAGAGCGGGCGUGGAUACAGCUGCAGGCGGCUGCAUGUAGAACGACUAGAACACGUCUGCGAUGAUAGAGCUCCAUGGAUGGGCUCGGUUCUUGAUUCAGGGCGCAGGGGUAUAGGGCUGCUCUCUAUGAGGGGGCCCCACUGAUAGACCCGGCUCGCGAUUCAGAGCGCAGAAGUGUAGGUCUGCUCUCUAACUAUGAGAAAGCUUCACGGAUGGCUUCGGUUCUCGAUCCAGAGCGCAGAAGAGUAGGGCUGCCCUCUAUGAAAGAACUCCACGGAUGGCCUCGGCUCUCGAUCAUUCAGAGCGCAGAAGUGUAGGGCUGCUCUCUAUGAGAGAACUCCACGGGUGGGCUCGGUUCUCGAUUCAAAGCGCAGAAGUGUAGGGCUGUCCUCUAUGGGAGAAGCGAACCCCAUGGGUGAGCUUGGUCCUCGAUUCGGAGCGCAGAACUGUAGGGCUGUCUUCUAUGAGAGAACCCCAUGAAUGGGCUCCGCCCUCGAUUCAGAGCGCAGAAGUGUAGGCUUGUCCAUUAAUGUGAGCCAAUCCCAUAUCGAGCUCGGCUCUCGAUUCAGAGCGCCGAAGUAUAGGGCUGCCUUUUAUGAGCCAGCCCCAUGGAUGGCCCCGGUUUUCGAUUCAAUGGACUCGGUUCUCGGUUCAAUCUGCCUGGCCUUCUCUCGUCUUUGUGUCCUUUUUGGCUUACUUUUUUGCUGGAUCUUAGUCCCCUCUCCAGAUUGUUGUUGCGGAUUUUCGUGCUUUUUUUUAGGAGCUUAACACGACUAGGCUACGCUUGGAAAAUCCUUAUAGUACUACUAGUGCUACUACUCUUCCUCCUACUCUUACUCUUAUCGUAUUCGAUCAAUACAGUAGGUUGAAAUUGAGGCGAACGUGCGAGUUCAUGUUUUAUUUCUUGGAAGUACUAUCUUUCCAGCCUUUUUUUGUGCACCUAAAAACGUGACUUUACGUUGAUGGCUGCAUCGUUGGGCGAUGAUGCUCAUCUUGGCCGUCUACCUCAAGUACAAUAUCGUUAGCAAUUAGCUUGUAUUUUGUUCAUCUAUAGUCUCGAACUCGGAUUAUUUAUAUUUUGCAUGGUUUCUAGUUCUAGUUCUCCUUUAUUUCUUUGUUCACAGGGUAGGUAGUUGCUAUCUUUAUCACGCCAUGGGUGAGCCACAUCUUCUAAUAAUUAUCGAAGUCUGCGGUUUGAAAGCGUUGAUCAGAGUUGCCUCGGUUGUGGUCUGCACUCUAGUCGUGGGCUGCUCCUUGGGUUCUUUUCUUGAUCGAGCAGCUGCGCUCGAGCCUCUUGAUCGGGCAGCUGCGCUCGUGCAUCGUUCAGUUGAUCGAGCAGCUACGCGCGAUGAUAUUUUGAGAGUUAUGUUGAGAACAGCAACUACUUCUUGAUUGCCCCUAUGGCAGUCUGCACAGACCGUCGUGCUAGAUUCAUUGCGUUGUAUUGUAUCGAAUUGCGUUGGAUUGCAUUGCAUUGUGCGAAAAUCAGUGCCAUUGAGUGGCUGUAGCUCUUCUUUUGGAUCAUGUAAUCUGACGAGGCUGCGUGAAAAUCUCGUCCAAUUGAGGGAGAGAAAAAAUCUAUCGACGUAGCCUUCCUCCUCUAAUAAGGCAUUGUACCCCGGGUACAACGAAUACGAAAUAAGAGCUGUAGCUGAAGAAGCCGCUAAAGCUGCUCGGCCUCGAGAACUAAGAAAGAGAUUAUUCGAGCGGCUGCAUGAGCAGAUAGAAGCUCGCGCAGAAGGGGUAGCAGAACUCGCGGAGCUUAUGGCCAAGAUGCCACAAAUGGAUGCAACCAAGAUGCAGCAUUUGCUGUCAAAGUUGUGGGGAAUACAAUUACAAAUAGAACUGUCCGACGUGCUGGAGGUGGAACAAAAAGCCGACGUCGCUCUCAUACUUGGUACGUCAUUAGACGAACCGGAGCCAUUGCAGGAAAAACACUGGCUUCACAGUUAAGAAAUUUUUUCUCCGACUAGAUUGAUAACAUCAGUGCUGACAGUAGAAGUAGAUAUCUUGAUUAAACACUCACACAUAUUGGAAAUUUUUUCUCCUACGUCUUUCUGGCUGCUAGUACAUGUACAGGAGUGUAGUAGUAGAAAAUUAUAAGAAGUUUUGACUACCUCUACCUGCAGUCGAAGAAGUACUUUUACUUCUCUGUUCUUUGGUUCUUUACAAAGGAGGUAUUAAAUGCAGAGCUCUAAAAUGGUGUUGGAGGUAGCCAAGGCACAUGCGAUGCAGGAGAAGGCUGGCUCUUCAGCCUGGACACAUGCGAUGUAGAAGACUGAAGAACAUGUAGUUAUCGGCCAUCAUAUUGCGGACUACAAGUAGUACAACAAAGACGGAAUUUCAUUUCUUUUAGAUGUGGGGAUUGAUCAAGAAGACUACAACGCAGUGACAUCCAAGCAUGUGACGAUCAUGGAAAGAUGUGAUGUAAGGACCCGCAAGUAGGAGUGUCCGAGGGAUACAAGAAUGACGAAUACAUCCAUUCCAAGUAGCAGACAAGGAGAUGAUGCCGACCUUUCUGCUGGGUUCUUUGUUGUCGCAGCAAAGGUGACUUGGUGUGUCGCACGUGAAGGCAGAUCAGCGUGGCGCUCAACAACCUCCCAGACGAACUCAUUUAUUAUAAAGAUGAUGAUGUGAGAACGAUGGCGAAGUAGCUGCUGUCGACAAAAUUUAGCUGCUGGACUCCUACGAAUGCACCGCAUGUUGAACGGGCUGGAUAACGAACUUUUUGCUGAGGCAACCUGUGAUCUAGACGAUUUCUGGUGGAACAAAUACGAAGUAGAUUGUCAUUGUGAGAAUCUUCAAGCAACAACCGAUUACAUGUCGGUUGAAGGUGAUUUCUUGCUUUCCUGCAAAACUUUCUGAUCCUGAUCCACCUCCUGUUGAGAUAGUCAUCUUUGAUUACCUGUAUGGUUCUAUGUAAUCCGAACUACCCGCUUCACCAAUUUCCAACUCCUGGUCCUGCGGUAGAACCUUCAAAUUACAGUUUUCUGUUGCUGCUGGGUACAUUCUCUAUGAUCUGAUAACUACUGCGACGGCUUUUAUAAGCUGAGCGACUAUAAUGUGUACGUCGACGGCGACGAACGCAAGCCUCUCACGAUUAAUCGGAAAAUCAACUAAGAAAUGUUGCAGUCUCCUGGCAGAAUAAGAGCGACCAGAAUUACAACUCGGCGGAG